GCGCCCUUGAUCUAUACCGCCUGUUCAAGUCCUGGCGACCCGGCCGGCGAGCAUUCUUGAGCAUUCUUUCGCGGAAGCGAUAUCCCAAAUCCUGCACACUCGUCCGCAACCUCCGUGUCGUCCCCGACGGUAUAAAAGGGCGAGGGGGCGGGGGCGGGCGGGCGGGCGGACGACCAUGGACCUCCCCUACGACCACAAGCGCUUCCUGCACCGGCUCCGCAAGCUGACCGAGAUGGAACUCCCGCCGCUGGCGUCGCGCAAGCAGGCGACCCAGUUCCAGCGCGAGUCCAAGGCCAGGAUGGCCGCGCUCAAAGCGCACAUCAAGCCACACGCCAACGUCAUCGGUCGAGCGCCACGCGCGGGCAAAAAGGCAGCGGCGGCGGCGGAAGCGGCAGGCGGCACCCAUCAAUCAGGUGAUCGCGACCCGCCGCCGGACCGUCUGGCCGCCAUCCUCGCCCGACCCCGGGACGAACGCUCGGUCGAGGACGUCUGGCGGAUCGCCGUCGACCCUCCCGAGCCACUAUCCCGCGCAGAGACCGAGGAUGGCGCCCUCCACCGUCUCCUCUGCGGCAUCGAGCAGCACUCAUCCAAGGUCUGGCACUCGAGCUCGCCCGCAGACGAGGUCACGCAGUCAAUGGCCGCGUACAACGCCGUCGACGCACACGGAGAUGAUGGGGUGCUGCUCGUUCAGCUCCACAACCGCAUUCACACCUCCGAGGUCUCCCGCGAUCUCGUCGGCCUCCGCCGCCACCUCCAGAUCCAGGCAGACACCAUAGAGUUUGGCCUCCGCUGGCUGACGCUCGGCGGCCAAGGUGGCCGCUCCGUCCAAAAGGAAGAGUUCUUCAAGUCCGUCUGGUUCUCGCAGUAUCCCCAGGUGUACGUGACAGCGCUCGACAAGGCCGGCGUCGAACAGGAUCCCGACUUUGUACGAUGGAAGCAGAACGUCAUGCGCCCCAUCGUCACGGGCAGGAACAGACUUGUCCAAGUGUACAAGAAGUUCGGACUCCUCGUCCUUCUCGAUCCUUUCUGGACAGUAAAGUCGCUCCAGCCGAACAGUCGGACCCGCGAGUUCACCGCGAUCCUCAACGCCUUUUUGCAACUCCAAGAGGCCGACCGCGACUUUGACCACGCUGUCAUCGCCUUUCUCAAAGGCUUCCAGAGUCGAUCCGUGGCGGAGCGGCUGUUUGAAGUGGAAAACGAAGAGGAGGAGACGGAGAUGCCCGCUGACACGUCCACCGACGAACAGUAGACUUUUUGACGUCCCAUUGUAAUAUAGAAGAUAGGUUGACAUGGCAAGUGUUUUCCACACGCCAAACCAACUCACCUGCGCGCGCG